GUUUGAACGUGUCGCGUUCACUAUAGAGAUCCUCAGCUUCAUACCUCCUCCACUGAUUAUCGAUCAUGUCCUCAAUCGAGCUCAUCAAUCCCAAGGCCGAAAGUGUGCGGAGGUCGGCCGCUCUUCAGGUGAACACCAAUGGAGCAAUGGGUCUCGCAAAUGUCGUGAAAGGGAAUCUAGGCCCCCGCGGAACCCUCAAAAUGCUCGUCGAUGGUGCCGGACAGAUCAAAAUGACCAAGGAUGGAAAAGUUCUUCUAUCAGAAAUGCAGAUACAAAACCCAACUGCCGCUAUGAUUGCACGUACUGCUGUUGCGCAGGAUGAUCAAGUAGGAGAUGGGACAACGAGUGUUGUUCUUCUGGUGGGAGAGUUGUUGAAGCAGGCGGAUCGAUACAUCAGUGAAGGAGUUCAUCCCACUGUGAUUGGUGAAGGUUUUGAUCUGGCCAAAAAAGAAGCUCUGGCGUUCCUCGACACUUUCAAACAACCCGCAAAGCUCGACCGAGCGACACUAAUCAAUGUCGCCAAUACCUCUCUCUCGACAAAAGUGAACGCACAACUCGCAAAGCAACUAUCCGCAGACGUGACCGAUGCUGUUCUUACCAUUCGACCUCCGCCCCCUCACAAAGAUUUAAAAGAUCAAUGGAGGCAGCCCAUUGAUCUUCACAUGGUGGAAAUUAUGAAGAUGCAGCACCGGACGGCAUCAGAAACUCAGUUGGUUCGUGGCCUUGUUCUCGACCAUGGCGCACGCCACCCGGAUAUGCCCAAACGUGUCGAGAACGCUUUCAUACUAACACUAAAUGUUAGUUUGGAAUACGAGAAAACAGAGGUAAACUCUGGAUUCUUUUAUUCCUCAGCAGAGCAGCGAGAAAAACUCGUAGAGUCGGAGCGCAAGUUCGUAGACGAGAAGGUGAAAAAGAUCGUUGAAUUAAAACGGCUGGUCUGCGACCAAGCAGUGGACAGUAAAGAGAAGCGGAAGAACUUCGUCGUUAUCAAUCAGAAGGGCAUCGAUCCUUUAAGUUUGGACAUUUUGGCAAAAAACGGCAUCUUUGCUUUGAGACGGGCGAAACGUCGAAAUAUGGAGCGGUUACAGUUGAUGUGCGGAGGCUUUGCUCAAAAUUCCGUAGAUGAUCUGAAACCAGAAGACCUCGGAUGGGCUGGUUUGGUUUACGAACAUACCCUCGGCGAGGAAAAGUACACUUUUGUGGAGGAAGUCAAAGACCCGAAGUCUGUGACACUUCUCGUCAAAGGACCCAACGCCUACACCAUACAGCAGAUUCAAGAUGCACUUCGUGAUGGCCUGCGAGCGAUCAAGAACGCUCUGGAAGAUGAAUCAUUGGUACCUGGCGCAGGCGCUUUCGAGGUCGCGUGUUCCGCUCACCUGAGUGGUCCAGUGAAAAAGGCGGCUAAAGGCAGGGUCAAAAUGGGUGUUCAAGCAUUUGCCGACGCUCUAUUAAUCAUACCCAAGACGCUGGCAGCCAAUGGUGGAUUCGAUGUGCAAGAUGUUGUCGUCGCUUUGCAGGAUCAACAUGCUGAGGGCAACAUUGUUGGCAUUAAUCUUCUAGAUGGCGAACCGUUCGACCCGACAGUUGACGGUAUUUGGGACAAUUAUAGAGUGAAAAGGCAAAUGCUUCAUUCAUGUUCGGUCAUCGCGGUAAACUUAUUAUCGACAGACGAAAUUCUGAGGGCAGGGCGAAGUUCACUCAAACCAGACGGUGCACAGUAGAAGCAACUAUAUGUAUCUUUUACUAUAGUAAAGUGGAGGUCUUGAACAAUUUUCAACUGCAGUCGACAUUAGGGUG